CAGAAACGUGCACCUCUCAGCUCUCACUGUCUCAGCCUCUCUGCCUCUCCUCCCUCCACCUAGCUGGGCUUUGCAUCUCCGCAUCACUAAAGACUCUCCUGGAGGUAACGCAUGGAUUUGUAGGGAACGAGAAUGGCGGAUAGAGAAAAAAUAAACCCUUCUCCAUCUGGAUCCCCUUUCUUGGGACUGCAGGCUGCACCGCCUCUUAAUUUCAGGCUGACCCAUGAUAUCAGUCUGGAGGAGUUUGAAGAUGAGGAUCUCUCUGAGAUAACAGAGAUCACAGAUGAAUGUGGAAUGAGCCUGAAUUGCAAUGACAGCCUGGACAUCAUGAGCCAUGUGAGCCGGGAGACCAAUAGCGUGGCAGGGAAAGCAGGUGGGCGUGAGGCCAGCAAGCUGCAGGCAGAGAUGCUUCAGUUGGAUUUGAUUGAUGCCGUGGGUGAUAUAGAGGACGAGGAAGCUGAACUGCCCAUAAAGGAGCCUCUGGUGAAGGAACCUGCUCCAGUUACCAUGGAUACCUACAGGCCCAAGAGACCGACCACCCUUAACCUCUUCCCACAGGUGCCUCGGACUCAGGACACACUAAACAACAACUCAUUUGGUAAGAAGUACAGCUGGCAGGAAAAGGUCUCUCGUUCAUCUUCCCCCUUAAAAACAGGAGAGUUGACACCAACCCAUGAUCACAUCUGCCUAAGCGAUGAGGAUAAAGUCCAACACAACACAACCCAGACCAAAGACAGAGGCACUUCUACAGAUACCCCAUGCCGCCGCACCUCCUCCACCCAAAGCAGCGGGGGAACGCGGUCCAAACUGCACGACAAACCCACAGCCACGGGAGGACUGCAACUGCAACAGCACAGCAAGGGCCAGCCCGAGGGCCACAGGGACCGCAUCCGCUACCACACCGAUGUGCGGCUCGAAGCCACAGAGGAAAUCUACUUGACACCGGUGCAGAAAAACUCAGACUCUUUAGAGCAUGACAAGCCUUUCCUGUCCCAGUCCAGUGAAAACCGAAUGUCCAUAAGCUCUGAUAUAGACACGACUCAUUACCAGUCCCUGCCCAACCGGACAAACCCUUCCAUUAGUGAGGAGGAUGAGGUUUACACCACAACCUCAGCCUUAGACAAGAUGAGUGCUUCUCGAAACACGGACCACGGGGGCAGUGCUUUUCAAACAGCCUCCGACGUCCCACGGACUUCUGUCAGCUCUGAGGCUAGCGGCCUCUCGUACGAUUCUGUCAAAUACACCUUGGUGGUGGAUGAGAACAUGCAGCUGGAUCUGGUCAGUUUGAAGCAGUGCUAUUCCAGAUACAGCGACGACAGCGACUCGGCUACCGUCUAUGACAACUGUGUCUCCUCGCCCUACGAGUCGGCUGUCGGCGAAGAUGACGAGGAGGACGCGCUCAAGCGGGAUUCUGUGUGCCUGUCUGAGGACUCCACCCCAGAAACAGACCUCCCUUUCUCACGAAAAUUCCUCAACGUGUUCAUGCAUGGCAGGUCCAGCUCAUCAAGUGCUGAAUCAUUUGGAUUGUUCUCCUGUGUAAUUAAUGGAGAGGAGAGGGAGCAGACCCAUCGGGCAGUGUUCAGGUUUGUCCCGCGGCAUGAUGAUGAAUUGGAACUGGAGGUGGACGACCCUCUCCUGGUGGAGGUGCAGGCUGACGAUUACUGGUACGAGGCCUACAACAUGAGGACAGGGCUGAGAGGCAUCUUCCCUGCCUACUACGCCAUUGAGGUCACCAAGGAGCCAGAGCGCUAUAAAGAAACAGAGAAGAGUAGCGAAUGGGUGGACAAAUUCCAGGCAAAAUUCCUUGGUUCAGUGCAAGUUCCAUAUCACAAAGGGAACGACGUGCUCUGUGUGGCUAUGCAAAAGAUUGCUACCAACAGGAGAGCGACUGUGCAAUUCAACCCCACUUCCAGCUGUAUUUUAGAGAUUAAUGUGAAGGGAAUUAAAAUAGUAGUACAACCAGAUGAUUACAGUGAAUAUGAAAGGGAGUUUACUUGUUCUGGGAGAAAGCUGGGGAGAAUGUUUGCCUUAAAGUCUGGGGUUAACCAGUGUAGUCACUUCUUUCAGCUGAAGAAUAUCUCCUUCUGUGGAUACCAUCCAAAGAACCACAAAUACUUUGGAUUUAUAACCAAACACCCAGCGGAUCACAGAUUUGCCUGUCAUGUUUUUGUCUCUGAAGACUCAACUAAACCAAUUGCAGAGUCAGUAGGGAAAGCAUUCCAGCAGUUCUACAAGGAAUAUGUGGAGUACACGUGCCCAACAGAAGACAUUUACUUGGAAUAGAGGCAGUCCUGCCUGGAAACUGCCCCCUGUACAAUACUUGUGUAUCAUAACAAGUUGCAUGAAGAGAAUUUUAUAUAUAUAUAUAUAUAUAUAUAUAUAUAUAUAUAUAUAUAAUAUAUAUAUAGAUAUAUAUAUAUAUA